UAAAAAUGCGCCUCGUGUUUACAGGCAGCCGUCAAAAAAAUCUGUUCCCAAACUGCACCUGUUAUAACCCUUGAUAUUUGGGUCUUAUUUUAGAUUUUUUUUACAUGAGUGCAUAUAGGGGACAAGCACGGAAUCUAUAAGACAGUCGUUGCAUUGGAAACCUUCUUUUUUAUCAUGCAUUUUGUACAUUAUUUUGUGGACUAAAAUGUUAUGCCAUGAGAAGCUGUGAAUCAAGAAGUAGUCAGAGGUUCAAGUCAAUAGGUAAAACUGUUGAUCAUGCAGUUACAGUGUCGUAAUAACGUCUGUGUACGGUGAGAAGUCAAACAUGGAAGAAAAGGAAGAUCUGGAGACACUUGGUGAGAAACUGUAUUCUCUGAUUUACCCCGAACACAAAGACAUUGCUGGAAAACUCACAGGUAUGUUGCUGGAGCUGCCAUGUCCUGUCCUGAGUCGGAUGCUGCAGGAUGAAGCCACGCUGACCAAGGCUGUGGAGAAAGCCCUCAGAGCCCUGCAGCUUGCCCAGGAGCCAAGCAACCUAACAUGUAAAGACGAGGACGAUGUGUCUGCAUCCUCUGACUCUUUGGGGGAGCAGCUGUUUGAGCUGGUUGAUGUUUACAAUACCGGCCACUCACAGAAAAUCACAGGAAUGCUUUUGGAGCAGCACAAAGAGGCUGUAUUAAACCUUCUUUCAGAUCCAAAGCUGCUGGAGGAGCAUGUGAACUCUGCCCAAAAGACGCUUCAGGAGCAGAAUGUGGAGGAGACAGACAUAAGCGACUUGUCGGACACUGAUGACACAGAAAAGUUGGGAGAGAAGCUCUUCUCACUGGUGGAGGAGCUGGAUCCUCUACAUGCAAAUGAUAUCACAGGUAUGCUGCUGGAGAUGGACCCAGCUGCUCUCCAACAGCUGCUCGGUGACAACACCAUGCUGAAGGUUGCUGUUCAGAAAGCACAAGCAGCACUGGACACAUAGGACAUGGACUGUCUCUACUUGAUCAGAAUGACAACGUUUUACACAGAGACUAACACAUUAACAUGAAUGACUUUGAUGAAUCAAAUAAAAAUGCUGGUAAAGGUUGACGCAUCAAUCCAGGACAUCAUAACCGUACAAAGUCAGCUAUUGAAUGACCAGCUACAUUUGUUUUAUACUGAUUUUUGACCUGACUGCUGUCGCUUUACUUUUGAAUUGACCUUCUGUAAAUGUAGAAGAGUCAACUAUCUCAAAGUAUCUUUUUAUACACAUGUGCUGUCUAAUGACAUAAUGAAUCUGCCUGUUUUUUCUGCUCAUCAGAUUAAUUAUUGCUUGUUGAAAAUGUGAAAAAAAAAUUGUUAGUCUGUAAAAUGAGUUGCACAGAUAAUUAUUGCAAACAAUCUUGCCACAUUUUUUUAAAAUUGUGUUUUUGUACUGUACCUACGAUGAUGUUGAAAUAUAUUUGCUAACAGAAACUAUAAAAGAUAAUAUAUAAACCAAGAACUAAUCAUA